UGCCUCCACGUCGACCUCCGCCACCGCCGCCGCCGCCACGGCCACGACCACGACCACGACCACGACCACGGCCGCUCCCAAUGCUCUGAGCCCGCCCGCCGCGACCCCCGGCCCGAUACUGAACAUGACCCCGUCGGCCAAAGCCAUUGACGCACAGCGCAAGCCCGCCAGCCCCGUCGACGCCGCCCAGAGGAAAUCGCCAGCCCCCAGGGCGUGGUCCCAGGGAACGAACCCCAUCACGCAGCGGCCGACAAGCUCGACGCCCACCAACGGCCUCGCAAACGCCCCGAAGCCCGCAGCCACUGCGCCCGGCGAGACGUCAACACCCAUGCGGCACCUCAGCGACCGGAUGAUGUACCUGCUGGCCAACUUGACUGGCCUGCCGGGAACCAUUACACUGAAGAACGGCGCAAAGUACUCGGGCGUGCUGUCGGGCACCUCUCUGGACCCCAGCGAGCUGCGCUAUGUCUUCAAGAUGGUGAAGCAGCUGCAGCCCGCGGACAGCGCCCAGCCCAAUGGCCCGACCGCCGACGAGUAUGCUGGCCAGGGCGAGUCCUACGUCAUGUCCUUUGACAUGAGCGACGUCGCCGACUUCAACGUCAACAACGUCAUGCUCGACAAGACCCAAGCCAAGGGCCAGAACGGCUCGGCCGCCUUCCGCACCGACGCGGACAUCUCGGGCAACCUGGCGCUUCGCGAGCGCAAGCUCCAGGCAUUCGAGUUUGGCGAGGCCGAUGCCAGUCUGGAGCUAGGGUCUGGAGGCUUGGGCGGUUGGGACCAGUUCGCUACCAACGAUCGCCUGACCGGCAAGAAGAGCAACUACGACGAGACCAUGUACACCACCGCCAUCAACCGCAGCGACCCCGAGUAUGCGAAGAGGGCAGCUCGCGCCGAUAGAAUCGCCCGCGAGAUCGAAUCCAGCUCCGCGACCAAUUCGCACAUACGCGAAGAGCGUGGCAGCUACAACCCGCUGGACGAUCAGGGUCUGGACGAGGAGGACAAAUACAGCGGUGUCCGCCGAGAGUUUUCACCUCUGUCUAGCGGCCAAGCCAACAGGUACACUCCCCCAGCGAGACGCGCACCAAGCGCAAACGCGACCGUUCCAGGGGCGCCAGUGGACCCUGCAAUACUGUCUUCCACUAUUGCACGCCCGGACUCGGCAGCAGCAAAGGCCGCGCAGCAGACUUCCUCGACCACCGAGAAGCCGACCACCCCAGUACCCGCCACACCCGCGACAGUAGCACCCGCGACAGCAGCACCCGCGACAGCAGUACCCGCGACAGCAGCACCCGCGACAGUAGUACCUGCGACAGCAGUACCCUCUCAGCCAGAGGCCCCAAAGGGAGCGGCUGCCAAGACCGAGACGAAGCCCACCACUGCUCAGCCCGUUGCGGAGAAGCCAGCCUCGGCGGCGAAGUCGGCGAUUGCAGCAAUUCCCCCCCGCAAGGCUGCAAAGCCGCACGACGCCACCACCAACGUCGAACACGAUCUCCUCGACUCGUUCAAGGCUUUCUCGGCUGCAGAGAAGCUGCGCAUGUCUGAGCGACAACGGAGCAUUGCGCGCGAGAACAAGGCUGUCAAACUGAACGAUUUGAAAAAGUUUGCUCUCAACUUCAAACUGAGCACCCCUGUCCCCACCGACCUUGUCCCCAUCCUCGCCAAAGACGAGACAAAGCAAGCUGCGAUUGUAGAAAAGGCCCUCAAGCAGGCUGCAGAGACCAAGGCUUCGCCUCCCAAGACAGCCAGCGCCGUCUCAGACCCGAAAGCAGCCGCGCGGGGAACAGCGACCAAGCCCGACGCCCCGAGCACAUCUCCCAGCGACCGCCAGCAAGCUCAGCGUCCUCGCCCCGGGCAAUCCGCCUACCAAUCGGCCAGCAUGCGGGAUCGCUCGCACCAGGCUCCGGCCCAGAACCCUGCCCGCAACCAUGGCGUGUUCAGCACGCGUUCCCAAAUAAAUCAGCAGCAGCACAAGCAGCAGGGCGGCCCCCCGCACAAUGGUGUUGCCCAGCCAGUCCCCACACAAGACAUGCGCGUCCCGUCUGGUCCUUCGCAGACCGCCAGCGGUGUCCAGACGCCUGCCUCCAACGCUCGAUUCAACGUCCAAGCCAACGAGUUCAAGCCCAAUCCUUCCGCAAACACCUUCACACCGGGUGGAAACGCCAGCGCUGCCUCGAGCCCCAGGCCCGACUCGGCAGCGUCUAGGCAGGAGCCCCGCAGGCCUGCCAUCACAAGCUUCUUCGGCGGACAGCGCCCGACAUUGAAGAAUGUCGACCUGAAGCAGGCUUUCAGCCCCUUCGACCGUCUCGCCAAGUCGGCCAUUGAAGGCGACAAGAAGCACAACGCCGGCAUCCCCUUCUCGCAUCGCACGCCUCCCACCUGGGACUUCCCGCAGUCGAACAAGGACAAGGGCUACAAGGAGCUGUUCGAGCACGCCCCUCCUCCGCAGACCCUGGCAUCUCACAACGGCAUGCCCAACGGGCCCAUGCCUCACCAGCACCAGCUGCCGCCACAUCUGCAGGGCCCUCAGGGCAUGCAGCACACUCCCCAGCACACGCCGCGAGGCCCCCACGUGCAGCCUCACCCCGGACAGGGCCCUCCCUUUGAAGCCCCGCACAUGCAGUUCUCGCACUCGACCUCUUCCGUCCAGCCCUCGCCCCGCCAGAUGCCGCCCUACGUCUACGGUGCGCAGCCGCAGCCCAUGCCCGGCUACCCGCAGCAGAUGCAGGUCCCUCAGCAGUACGGCAUGAGUCCUGCCAUGCAGCAUGUUGCGCUUCGCGGCCCGCAGGGACAGUUUGUUAACGGCCCUGGACCUCAGAUGGGCGGACACAUGAUGCAGCAGAACCCUUCGAGCGGGCCCUACAUGGGCAUGCCUGGCCAGCCCCAGAUGCAGAUGUACGCGCAAGCUCCUGGAUACCCGCAACACCCCGGCUACCCUCCCAACACCAACGGCUUUCCCAGUCCUCGCCCGGGAGCGCCCAUGAUGAGCCACCAGGGCUCGCAGCAGGGGCACCAGCAGCCUCCUAUGAUGUACAUGCAACCCGGCGCGCAGGGCCCGCAGAUGUACCAGAUGCCACCUGGAUCGAGUAGGUAGCCCCCGAAGUCGGUUAUCUUUUGCUAAUCCAAGCAAAGUGACACCCAUGCGCGGCCCCUACCCGCAGCCGCACCAGCCACAGUACGGCUCGCCCCACCAGCAGCACCAGUUCCCGCACCAGGCCCACCGCGGCACGCCCAGCGCUAGCUACGCGCCCCAGCCGAUGAUGCACCAGCACUCGCAGCACCAGCACCAGGGUCCGCCCACGGGUCCCGC